AUGGGGGUGGACACCCACCGUUCUCCCAAACGACCUCCACUUCCCGCACCGACCGACACUUCCACCUCUGGCUGGGAGACCGGUCCCGGUGCCCAAGAGACGGAUCUCGAGACGGAUCUGUCAAGGCGAACCGAUCGCACCGACAAGACUUCGUACUCCAUCCCCGAGGACGGAUCCCCGGUCACGAUUACGACAAAGAAGCGUAGAGAUAGUGACGCGAAGGGCUCACAUAACAGCCAGACGAGCUUGCUGAUCGAAUAUUUCGAAGCCAGCAAAACCGAGGGAAAGGAAACCCGGCGACCCUCCGUCCGCGUGCGAGUCACUCCAUCCGGUCGCAAAUCCAAACGAGACGGGACCAGCGGCGAUCACGUUCAGAUCACCCAAACGGACCGCAAUCGGACGCCGAGCUAUACACGACGGAUUAGCCUGAACAACAAGAGCGACAAAGUGCUGGAGGCGAGCGAAAUUAGCAACAGCGAUCGAAGCAAUCUGAGCACCAUUCCUCCCGUCGAAGUCGAGUUCAUCGAACAGAGCGAUAUCAGUCGAAGCGACAUCAGCCGAGGACCGGCUUUUAUCGCUGGAUCGGAUAUCUCUUCGAUGCCCCCAGACAGCAUGCUCGAAGGCUCCGGCGAGCCUGCCUUCCGCAGCCCGAAGAAGUCCCAAGCUAUUAGAGAAGAGGAGAGGAUCGAAGAGACGGUACCGGUCCCGGUCGAUACGCUAAAAGCACCCACUCGAAGCCGAAGCCUGAGCCGUGAACGCCUUACACAGAAAGCGGUGGAAAAGAUCAUGAGUCAACAACGCGGCGAGCGAGGGGCCGCUUCGUCGACCAAAGUCAAGGGCGUCGAACGCCGCUCCAGCAGAGAUGCCGAUGCGAAAGGUGCUUUGCUUGGAUCGGAAUUGUCCCACAAAAGCGACCGAUCGGGGACCUCUGCGAUUAGUGGAACCUCGAGCAUCAACAACCCGAAACUCCUGGCUACCGUGGAAGAUGCAAUUCGCCGUCUUAUCCUCCCGGAAAUUACCACCCUGCGAGAAGAGCAGGCCCGGUAUAAGAAAGCCUACUUGCGAGAUUCCAUCACUUCGACUGGAACGGGCAGCUCGUACGCCACUGACGGCAGACGGCGUGUCUCCAAAGUCAGCAGCGAACCGCGCAUUCGGAGCGGAAGCUACGAUCAUGACGUCCCUUCCGUUUUCACGGACGAUCACGGUGAAAUGGUUGAAGGAGGUCGACGCCGUCAUCGCCGCAGCAGCAAAGACAGUUCGAGCACGGUUCGAGAGGAAGAACGCGCUCACGUCCAUCGCAAGUCGAGUGGCGAAAAGAGCGGUGGUCGAGCGCGCGAUGUUGCGGCUGGCGCAUUGGCCGGCGCCGCUGCGACCGCCUUGACCGCUGCGGCAUUGAAGAAGCACGACAGCUCGGGUAACCUUGAUCGACGCGAGAGGCGCAAGAGAAAAGGGAGCACCUCAAAGAGUGGAAGCCGUAGUCGCAGAGAAAGCGUUUCCGAAAGCUAUGAGGAGACCCGAAGAGAGGCGGGUCCCAUCCCCCCAAUGCCCAUGCAAAGCGAACUGGUUUCCGAUGUCACGAGAGACUCGAUCCGGAGCAUUCCAACCGAUGUGACUGCGGGUCCGCUUGACCGAGGAUCAUUCACACCGAAAGGAAAAACCCGAAGCAAGUCUUCCUUGAAAGAGCGGGAAAUCAUGGAAGUAUCAAGAGGGUCGCCCAGACAUAUCACCAGCCCGACGACAAGAACCCCCACAAGGACUCCGGUGAGCCUGAAGCACGGCCUGGGCACGUACCACGAUAACCUUUCACCCGUCGAGACUGUCCGCAGCGCGAGAAGCGAAAAGGACGUCGUCAGUUCUGGGAAACCCACCCAGGCCAGCGCGGGCGCUGGUAUGGCUAUCACACCCGCUGCAAUGGCUGCGGCGGCCGCGAUCGCAAGGCUAAAGCCCGGGGAAUUCGAUGAUGUUUCGGAGGAAGCUUUUGACGGUGCCACUGCGCAAACUCCAUCUCGAAGUGUCGUUUCGCCGAUCCAAAGCGUCGACUCUUAUCGCGACGAGAACGAUCUCACCAUGGCGGGUGCUCUUGGAAGCCCCGACAGCAUGUCACGAUCAGGGACAACGAGACCAUAUCGACCGCAUGGAUUUAGUAUGGAGCGAAGCCACGAGGUCAUGGGACAAUUCACUCCCAGCCCUUCACGCAUUCGUGCAGCCGGGACGCCAGGCAAAGAUUCUCCGAUUGAGCCUGGUGGUAUCGAACGUGAGGCUGAAGAGUUCUUCCGCCGCGCCCAUGAGGAGAAUGAUCGGUACCGAAACGAGAUGAGUACGGAGCCUGUCACGUUCGGACCCGAAUCUCUUGACGACUACGAAACCAGACGACUCACCCGAAUCACGGAAAAUACAGAAGAUGACUGGACGGCGGACCAACAGAAUCUGCGUGAAGUUGGCCAGACGACCGAGUACGUUCGGACCCCUCUCGCUGUCGAGAGCGCCGUCGCGAGUCUCCUGGAUCCGAGUACACUGAGCGUUCGGAGUAGCCAAGGAAGCCAUCUCGAUGCUCCGCAUAGUCAAGCCGGCUCCGCAACACUAGAUCGUGGACUCGCACAAGAUGUCGACAGCCCGCGCAAUUUGCAGCACGAAACUAGCGGCGAACGAUGGGGCGCGAUUCGAGACCAGGCACGUUCUUUGAAGGAGGAGAAUUCGAUCGAUAGAGUCCACCAUACUCCGACCAGCAAACAAUCGCGCGAGACGCCCUUGUUGCAGAUGGAGUCUCCGACUCAGACCGCUUCAAUCCGUGCUGUGAGUCGGGAGCUACAGCGAGAGCCUUCAGUGACGAUGUCUGCCCGUGGAAUCCCUGGCCAGGAUGAGCCGGCGAUUGGCUUCAUUCCAGACGAUGAGAGCGAUAUCAUCACGAAUCCGACCGAGAUCCAAGGCGCGAAGAGGCUGAGCGGCAGUGACAAACUAGGAUUUGACAAGCGAGCAGCCCUUGCUGCGGCGGCGGCUGGUGCGGUUAUGGAAAUCGGGGCUCGCGGCUUGUCGCGGGGAAAGAAUAGCGGAGAGCACGUCGACCCGAUCGGCAAGGAGGUUGAUGCUCGGGGAUACAUGCAGCCGACAGUGGACGAUGAGUACAACGAGGAUCCUGGCUAUGAUCCAGUGCAUGAAGCUGCGGAACCGGGUCAAAAAGCCGAAUUGUCACGAAACAUUCCCAUGGCCAAUAACGAUGAGGGGUAUCAGACGGACACGCACAUGAAGGCGCAACCAUUUGCCCGCGAAGAUGAGGAUAUGGAUGAUGAGUAUCCGGAUGUCCAAAGCCGCGCGAAGUACCUCUCCGGCAUGAGUGCCGGGAUGGAGUCUCCCCUUUACGACUCGGCAACCGGGCGAGGCAUUGAUCGAAUCAAGAGCAAAGAUGUUGUGGCUCUCAUGGACCACCUCACCGUUCGAGACGCCCAGCGGAACGCCCGCGAUACCGAGAUUCUCGUCACCCUCGUCCGAAGCGCGGCCGAGAUGCGCACGCAGUGGGAAGAGAUGAAGCGCUUCAUCCGAGAGCAGGACGGCAUGGUUAUGAGCAAUGCAGAUCGCAAUGCAGACAUCACCGUUCAACGGGUUCUAGGUGGCCCUCGUCCACAGCCACUCGGCAGUCCUCGGGCUCCUCGAGGUGCAUCCAGCGAAGAGACGGACGAAAUGUCGAAAAAGCGUGAAAAUGUGUUCCGCCGGGCCCUCAAGGGCUUGAGCAUGAAGGGCAACAGCGAUCUGACAAAGAUUGAGGAUAUGCUCAUGCAGCUGUUGUCGGAAGUCGAAGGCCUGAAGCUGACACAGGGCAUGUCCGCAAAUAUGACGGUUGCCUCUAGGACUCAGCCGGCAAGCGUGAACAGCUACGAGCAUCUACGUACAGCGGAUCCUGGUUACGAGCCCGAGGGACGGGCCGGGACGAACAGCUCUCCAAACCAGAGCGGGUAUUUUUCCAAUCCCAGCUCGCGGCACGUGAAUGGUCUGCAUUCAGGCUAUGAUGGACGAGGUGGAAGCGAAGGCCACGCCCGAGGAAACCGCAUCAGCACUGUGCUUGAGGGCGACGAAGAUGAGCAGGAUUAUGACGUUCGUGCCCCACUGACUAGUCAUCCAUACACUUCGGCCAAGGCACAAGCCGCUGCGGAUCAGAGGCUCCUGACGCCUACCCAGGAGGCUUAUCGAAACAAAGCUAAGGCAAGGGCACCUAGUGCCGAGAUGGAGAAGCAUCUGACACCGCCUCGUCAGACCGCAGGACAAUUCCAGCAGGGAAGCAGCACCGAGAAUACCCCAGCGCGAACAUCUGAGAAGAAGCACAAGUCAACCUCCAGUUCUCUGUUCGGGAUUCCACGUAUGUCUCGCUGGAGCAAGACGACCGCAUCGACCGCGGCUCCCGACUCCACUGGUCUCCAAGGCAGCACUGGACCCCGCCAACGACCUUUCUCCGAUGCCAGUCGCAGCGGUAGCAACUUGGAUGUCACGCAAUACGAUGAUGGUACCUACGCCGUCCAUGAUGAGGAUCGUCUUCGCAGCACCAACUCACUCGCCCACGAAGGGCAGGCGCAACUAUCUCCGGUUGUUCAAGCAUCUGCCACGUACAUGCCCACCGCAGCUGGCGACAUCGACAUGCCUCAUGGUAUUCCACGGUCGCCCUCCCCGCUUAUCCCUGAAACGGCUUCGGGACGGUCGAAGGCAUCCGUCAUAUCACAGGAGGAUCCGAAAUACCAAGCCCAUCGCAACAGCCUCAAUCUCCAGCAUCCACAGCCACGUCAAGGACAGACUGGACGUCACCAGAACCAUCUGGAAGGGGUUGCGACCAGCUUCGAUCCGAAGGACUUCGGUCUUGGAUCCGAUCUUUCGGGCGUCAGCAACACCACCUCCGGCAUAGCGCAGCCACAGGACCAAUGGGGAUCGGAGCCGGCCCUCGCGCUGAAUCGGCAGCGAUUCUCCGGCAGCUCGGGCGGCUCGUACCGUGAUGACGGACCGCUCGUCCCUGCGCCGGCCACUCAGACGGGCGCAUCCCGAAGUAGCUACGCCGAGCGUGCGCAAGCGCAAGCGCAAGCGCAGUCCCCGACCAAGCCACGAAAAGCGGCCGUCGAUGCCCGCGAGCAUCUCACCGACGAGGAGGACCACUCCACGGACGACGAGUCGGACGCACGAUACGUCGGUCCGACACUGACCAGCAUGCCGCCGGCGCCACCCAACACGCUUGCAGGCUACCAGGCCGCACCGCCGCUUGCGCCCAUUCAGGAGGUCCCGAGCGUGCGAUACAGCUUGGAUGAAGGCAGCUUGCGGGACAUGCGCGAAGAAUUGACGCCGAGUCCGAGCCUGCGGAACCAGCCGCGGAUGCAGACGCCAACGAGAAAGAUUACAGGGCCCCGGCCAAUGCCUGGCGCAGCACCGAGGAAUGGGAGUGGAAUGAGGGAGAUGAUGAGCAAGAAGAGUUUUGAUUCCCUGGAGAGCUAUCGCGAUAGUGUGGAUAGCGAGACGUUCUAA